AUGGCCUCCCAAACACCCAAUGCCUCUCAAGGCGGCUGCUAUCAGAACGGUCAGAUGAUGCAGCAGAAUAACGACUCGGGUGUUCAAGUGAGACCUAUGGGGCUCAAGGUGCAUUACACGUUCGAUAAGGAGGCCAAAGUCAACUGCCUCGCUCGAUCAGCACAAACCCUCUAUGUGCAGACAGUUCCCCUCGACGAAUCCAAUUCCAUCGGCAUUGUCGACCUACGAGCUUGCCUUCAGGCAGUCACAGACUGCAGCCCCGAACUCUCGAGCCAGGAAGGCGAAGGUGACUUCACAAUCUACGCACUUGAUUACUCGGAACCAGAUACUCCUUUAGUCGGACAAGGCAUGCUGUCUUGGGCACUCGAAUCUAUGCGUAAUGACUGGAUGGCCCAAUUGCCCAAGAUGGUCACUGGACGUGUUACCAAAAACGUUCUCGCUGUCUUUAGUGGAGGAAACCGUGAGACACUGGAGGUCAAACUAAAGUUUACAGCCGCAGGUAGAAUUCUAAGGCCGGAACCGACCGUUGACUUGCACCCUAUGGAGAUGCAGCAAAUUUCUUUCCAGCCUGCCCCGUUACAGCAGGCAAAGCCGACUGAAAUUGCCAUGACGCCAGGUGCGGAAUGGAACUCUUUUAUUCAGUCAAAUCCCAAUAUUGGACACCAAGCACAUGUGUCUAGAGUAGCUUCUCCUGCAUUAUCUCAAGGAGGACCUAUGGCUAGCACAACCGAACGCAGGAAUUCGAUUGCUAGCCAAAAUCUGGAGCAAGUCAACUCCGGAACAGACAUUCAGCGAAUAGCUCCUAUACCCGUCGUUGGAGCAACCACGGCAACUUCAAAAUCCAGGCCCUCAAGCAGAAAUUCUCGAAAAAGAGCGCCAACAGGUCGCCCCCGUGGUAGACCACGAAAGAAGCCUGCAGAAGGCAACACAUCCGGUUACGAAGACGGCACAGAGGGCGAGGAUGGUGGAUCAGGACCUGCUCAGAAAAGGGCCAAGCCCACCAAAGUCGAAAAGGCUGCACCCAAUCCUUUUACUUCUGGUCCUGAUUCUCUGCGUGUCACCGCCAGCACCGCUGGCUCUCUUCGAAAUUUCCGCCCUGUUGCAAGUAACGAGACGGUUGCUGGAAACCAUCUGCAAGAAGUUCCUCGAGCUCCUACCCCCGUCCCAGAACGAGGGCCUAUUGGUGGUCCUGCUCAGGGUGGCCCAAAGGGACCCAAACCUCGGAGGGAAUCAUCAAUGCGAAAAGAGCUGGGCGCUGCUAUGAGUAACCAGAUUCCCCCAAGGCCUCUCCGUGCCUUGUCUCCAAGUCAAGAGGAUGGCCGCUCCCCCGAAUCACCUGUUGAGACUCCGACCUUCUCAGAGGAUAGCCCGCAGGAUAUGCGUUCCUCUCCUCCACUACCACCCACAGCAUCUUUCAUGCGGUCCAGUCCUCCCCCUUCCAGUCCUGUUUUGCCCCCAAUGCCGUCACUGCCACGGCAAGCAUCGAGCUUUAUGGAUAACGAGACCGACGAUUUGUUUGAUGAACCUGUCCAGCAACCAGCCAAGGAGAGCCAAUCUCGCCAGCACCAACCCCAGAAAGUAACGGAAGACAUUGAUCGUACGGGAAUUCAUACCCAAGUGUUCCGUAUUCAAGAUGGUCCCGACGGUCAGGGGCUUGUCCAUAUCCAAAAUUUCAACACUCCUCAACCAACAUCAACCCCCGCCCCUCCUCCUCCAUCAGACCCUGUUACUGCGAAGAAGAUCCCUAAACCUCGACCAGCACGAAACCCUCCGCAAAAACGACCUCCGCCACCAAAACUCGCCCCAACACCUCCUCCCACGACGGACGCUCCUGAGAGGAACAGUCCGGCACCUGUAUCUGCACCAUCGCCGGCGAAUGUUACUCAAUCACAGAAUGAGCAACCUGCCCGAGCCAUGGAAGAUGAUGCACUUUUUGAAUUAGUGCGCGCUGUCUCUAGUUCUUCUGAGCCUACCGCUUCAACUGAAACUAAUCAAUCUACUCAAGGAUCUCUACCUACUUCAAAACUAAGUACUGGCUCAAUCAGACCCAAACCAAGAGCACCGCGACAGCUCGGCCGCUCGCAAUCCACCGGAGCCUUAGCUUUACCUUCUGUGCCAGCCAGCGAGCCGCUUGAGCCAUCGUCACUUUCCCAGUCUAUGACAGCAGAACCCCGUGCUUCCACAGAGAUUCCCGAUUGUCUUCGACGCUCAAAAUCGGCCAACAUCCACGCAAUGGUGGCUGCCAGUGAUCCUGUGGGACCAUGCGAGACAUCUGCGGUCACUAACCUGCUGCCAACUCUCCGAGAAGUUCCAUUCCCACAGAGCGAUUUCCCUCCGAUGCCGUCCUCCCCGCCUUGCAGAUCGAACAAAAACCAAGUCAAGAAGGAUUCGAUCAAACAACGGCUCGAGUUAGCGAUUGCCGCUGGCGAAAUGCCCCCAUUCUGCACCAAUUGCGGUGCUAUUGAAACACCCACUUGGCGCAAGAUCUGGGUGCAGGAGCAUGAUGGAAUCCCAGAAUACGUGGAAUACUCAGAGAAGCCUGGACGAGUUACCGCUAUUGAGAUCCUAAAACGCGAUGAGGAUAAGAAGCCCUUGACUCACCGCCUUAUCAAGAAGACACUCGGCAAUGAUGAUGACCGCAGCAAAUGGUCAGAGAAGCUUCUCUGCAAUCCUUGCGGUAUCUGGAUCGCCAAAUACCACAAUCAUCGCCCGCAAGACAAGUGGGACAACGCUUUUGGUCUUCUUGGACAGAGUCGAAAGAAGCGCUCAUCUGCAGGUCCCGAUUCACAGGCGAAGCGAUCUCGUACUAAGAGUACCUCGGUGCCUGCUAUGACCUCGCAAGUGUAUCCUGCUACAGAUCCUCUGGGCCCGUCAUCUCCUAAGCAAUUUGAUGCGCACUCAGUAGUUACAGUUGUCAAUGAGGACACUGUCAUGCAGAAUGUCCUCACUUUACUGGCGGAUGACGGACGACAUAUUAAAGAAUUGAGCCAGUCAGCCCCGGGAUCGUCCCAUUCGAGAGUUUCUAGGGGUACUGGAACAGCUGAUAGCCCAAUCGAAAUGGACCUUGACGAAGAACUCGGGAGCACGCGACGGUUGCUUUUCCCUUCGCCCCGUAAAGAAGGGACGCCGAAGACUUUGGGAGAGAUCAAUGCCAAUGCGGCCAAGACCACCGACAGUCGGCAUAACAAGGAAGCUGUUGGCAAAGAGAAUGCCUCAGUUGAGGCUCAGAAUGAUGGACCUGUCGACGAUGAUAUAGAGGCGCUGUUCAACAGCCCUGUUCGCCCUUCUACACCGCCACCAAAAUCUAAGGUUGACACGGAUUCAGCACUGUUUAAGACACCUACUCGUCCGACACCCAGCCACCGACCCAUUACACGAAGUGUCUCGCGGAGUGUUUCACGAUCUCUUCGAUCCGUGAGAGAUUUGCUCUCUCCUAGUCAACAAGCGCUUCUGCAACGAACACCAACAAAAAGUCCCGCGAGCGUUAGGCGCAGCCCGCGACUGAACCUAGAGAACAAACUGGAGAGUGUUCUUGAUACUCCCUUGAGCAGAACCAUCACACAAUUACUGUCUGAGCCAAACUUUGACGUGAACAACACCAACUUCGACUUUUCCAGUCUUCCGUUACUCGACACGGAUCCUACCAACAUGAUGGAGUUUGGCAAUUUCCUCAGCACCGACGGCAUCAUGCAGAGCUCUCCAACAAAGGAUGGUGCUCUAUCUUUCUCUUAUGCCGGCUCAGAUAAUGUCUGGGGUGAAUGGGGUGGUGUCGAAGACGACAAGGCCACAAACGAGAAGGAGAAGUAA